GGCGAGGCAGCAAGAGCUUUGCAGUCUCUCUGUGAACUACUCUUGUCUUUUCCUUUUCCUGCCACCACCACCUCCCUCCACCACCUGCAACCACACCACGACCACGACCCUUACCUUCUCUUUUUCUCUCCCCCUCUCUGUCUCUGUCUAAAUUAAAAAAAAACCAAAAUAGUCCUGUUCUUGUUUCACACAGAGAGAUUGACAGCUGACAGACAAGUAAAAAAAUCGAAAACACUUGCUACUCUGCAUCUCUAUUUUCUUCCUUAUGUCUUUAGCGACAUAGAGAAAUAAACACUGAAAGAACUAGGAGUACUUCCUUUGUUCCUCUUCAUUUCAACUCAGAGACUUUGUUGGAAAAUCCAUCUAUAGGAAAGAAAGGAAGGGUACUUCUGCAGCUUCAAAGAUUCAACCAAGUCCUCUCUGUCUCUGUUAUAAUAUAUUAUUCUACACAUGCAAUUGGGUUUUAUGUUCUGUCAAUGAGUUGGGUUCUUAUCGAUGUUCUUGGGGGGAAUGGGGUGUCCAGUUUCGCGUCUGGCGGCGAAGCUCGCAUUCUUCCCGCCACGGCCGGCGACUUACGAGGUGAAGAAGCGGGAAGAUGGAAAGGUGGUAAUAGUGUCUUCUGCAAUCCCUCAUGACGAUGGGUCCUUCGAUGUUCGGUUGCUCAAGACCAAGCGGGGUAACAAGAUCGUUGCUUUCUAUCUCAGGAAUCCUUAUGCUCGACUGACGUUGCUUUACUCCCAUGGCAAUGCAGCCGACCUUGGACAGCUCUAUGAUCUAUUUGUGCAGCUUAAGGUCAAUCUCAGGGUUAACAUCAUGGGAUAUGACUAUUCUGGGUAUGGGGCCUCUACUGGUAAGCCAAGUGAAGCAGACACUUAUGCAGAUAUAGAGGCAGCAUAUGAAUGUCUUCAGAUUGAGUAUGGAGUGAGCCAGGAAGACAUGAUUUUGUAUGGGCAAUCAGUGGGAAGUGGACCUACAUUGCACUUGGCAUCUCGAUUACCAAGACUGAGAGGUGUGGUUCUGCAUAGUGCUAUACUUUCUGGUCUUCGUGUGCUGUGUCAUGUGAAGUUCUCUUGCUGCCUUGACAUUUACAAGAACAUCAAUAAAAUUCGAAAAGUGAAGUGCCCAGUUCUUGUUAUACAUGGUACAGAUGAUGAUGUAGUUAAUUGGCUCCAUGGGAAUAAUCUAUGGCAAUUGGCAAGGGAACCAUAUGAGCCCCUCUGGAUUAAGGGAGGUGGACACUGCAAUUUGGAGCUCUACCCUGACUUCAUUCGCCAUCUGUACAGGUUCAUCCAAGAGAUGGAGAACAUAACCACGGAGAUUCGCCUUCGGAAGAUUAGGGAGAGUCUCCGGUACUCAAAGAAAUCAAUUACUAUUAGGUUCUGUGGAGUUAAAUUAUGCCCAGAUUGUCUGUGCACACCCAAAUGCCUAGCAUGCCCCUGCCUACCCAAGUGCCCAGGGUGUUGCUGCCGACCCAAGUGUCCAGAGUGCUGCUGCAGACCCAGAUGUUCAUGCACAGAAUGUUUUUGCCCACCCAAAUGUCCAGUAUGCUUGUGCCAACCCAAAUGCCCUGAAUGUUUCUGCCUACCCAAAUGCCCAAAAAUUUCGAGACCAAAGUGCACAAAAUUGUGUUUCUGCCGAUAGUUGAACUUGGACAGUAUACAUUGACAAUAGUCAGUAGGAUAGAAAAAGGGUUGUCUGUACAGUAAUUAUUUGAGGUUCUGUAACCAUCUAACCCUUGGAUGCUUUGUAGUCUAGGCGUCGGAUGUUUUCUUUAUCUUUCAUUCUGUUCUUUCUUUUAAAUUUAGUAUGGUUUUGGCUUA